GUGCCGUACCAGGCCAUAACACGACCAACUUUGACAAGUGAAACAAAUAUGGCUUUCAAGCUCCUCGCCUUCUCUGCCCUCGUCGCCGCCGCCCAGGCUGGUAUCAUCGGUGCCCCGUACGCCGGUUACGGCGGCUACGCCGCCCCCGCCUACGCCAAAGUCGCCGCCCCCGUGGCAGUCGCCAAGACCGUGGUAGCCGACGACUACGACCCCCAUCCCCAGUACAACUUCGCUUACGACAUCCAGGAUGGUCUGACCGGAGACUCCAAGAGCCAGCACGAGGUACGCGACGGAGAUGUUGUUCAAGGAAGCUACUCUCUGGUGGAUCCCGAUGGUACUAAGCGUACUGUUGAGUACACCGCGGAUCCCGUCAAUGGAUUCAACGCCGUAGUCCACAGGGAGCCACUUGUGGCUAAAGCUGUUGUGCCCGCUGUCGCUAAAGUCGCCGCCCCCGUAGCCUACGCCGCCCCAGUUGCCAAAGUUGGAUACGCCGCACCCGUUGCCAGAUAUGCUGCUCCCAUCGGAUACGGUGCUCCAGUAGCUAAAAUCGCCGCUCCCAUCGGGUAUGCCGCCCCUGGUGCUCACUACUACCACUGAACGGAUUUUGUGUAAAUGUUGUAAUGUAGAGUUAUUUAUUUUUUUAUUUAUUAUACGUGAAUGAAUUUA